AUGUAAAAACUGAAAAAACGGUCACCUAUAAAUAACCAUGAACUGGACAUUAUGAAGGAAAAAUUUAAAACACAGCUUUCUGAGGCUGAAAGAGAGCUAAAUAUAAGGAAAACCGUCUGUUAUUAAGACUAAGAUAGGGGAGAAGGAGAGAGUGAGAGAGAAUCUGUAAAGAAAGAAAACGAGAGGGAGGAGGUGGGGGAGAAACAGGGUUUCAAGCUCUUCUCAGAUCAAGCUUCGAAAAGAAACUUGUAAUGGGGAGGGAAGUCACAGGUGUGCGCAUGGCCAAUAAGCCAACCGGUGCGGUGCAUUCAAAUGGUAAUCCGGGAAUUUCAGAAGGCACUGAUGGCAAGAAGUUAAACACCACUGCAUUGAAAUCCCCUGGUGGUGGAAAUAAUAAAGCACACCUCAGUCCCUCCAAAGCUGGUGGAAAUGGCACCACAAAUUCCGAAUCUACACCUUCCCGUACUAAAGAUUCUGAGACAAACUCUCCAAAGACUACUCUGAUGACAAGGAAGCAUGCUGAUGACGAGGAUAAUUGGUCUGUCGCUUCCUCAACUACAGCAUCUGUUCGAACUUCUAGAUCAAAGUUAACAAUUGGGACCGCUCCAACAUUUAGAAGCGCUGAACGUGCUGAGAGACGGAAGGAGUUUUACCAGAAGUUAGAACAAAAACACCAAGCUCUGGAGGCCGAGAGACAGCAGUAUGAGGCCCUUAAGCAGGAAGAACAAGAAGCAGAACUUAAGCACCUGCGAAAGAGCUUGUUCGUCAAAGCAAAUCCGGUACCUCGUUUCUACUACGAAGGACCUGCACCGAAGGUUGAACUGAAGAAGCUGCCAUUAACUCGGCCAAAGUCACCAAAACUUACCCGAAGAAAGAGCUGUGGCGAUAUGGUCCACUUAUCCGAGGAAGAAACGCCGAAAGCUUGCUGCGGGGGUCACUGCCACAGCUUCGGUAACCAUAGAGAACGACCCGAUUCUGCAAAUGAGCUCAAAAGUAAUGGUCAGAAAAAUGGAGUGGUGAGUAAUGGAGGUGGAAAGUUGAAAGAUGGAGUGAAAAGGGUAAAGGAUUCGACGAAAUAUUCUCCUACGAAGCUCGCCGUUCAGUCAUGAGCAUCACGAGAACUCAUAACCGGUGAAGUGGUCUUGAAUUUCUCGAGUUCCAAUGGAUGUCAUGAAAGGAAUUCAGGCUGUCUUCUUGU